GUCCGGAGCUGUGAGCAGCGCUCCCUCUGCGGUCCCGUCGCCGGUCCCGACAGCCGUCACGUGCGCCCAGCUCGGAAGACUGCCGCCCCGCGCCGGCCUGCCGACACCCGACACCAUGACACAGGCGCUUCUUUUGGCCAUGCUGCUGGCCGGAGCCGGCGCCCAGUCGCUGAACCUGAUGGAGUGCCUGCCACAGCGGCCGCUGGAGGACGUGGAGGGCAACAGCCUGAGCGCGGACGUGCUGCACCUGAGCCAGAUCAGCGUCCCGCAGUCGUGCGUGCCCAUCCUGUGCGCGGCGGACGUGCUGAUCGUGCACGUCGUGGCCGGCGUCACCUACGCCUCGGUGCACGUGGACGACGCGACAGAGCCCGGCGCCGGCUGCAUGGCCGACGUGCGGCAGUCGCGCGACACCUACCAGCGUUCCAAUCUUCCGAUGACGUUCUACUCGGCCGGCGACCUGCAGCUGGUGCUGCACGACUCGGCGUGCCCGGCGGCGCGGCGCGACAAGCGGCGCCUGCUGCUGCUCACCGCGCUCAAGGGCAGCUCCGUCCAGCCGCUGGAGGCAUUUAUCCUGUGCCAGUCGGAGUUGCAGGUGACGCGGCCGGCCAUGCUGGUGCAGCCGCACAGCCAGCGCGGCGUCGUCACGCACGUCACCAUGUACUCGGGCCCGCAGGCGCGCUCGGCCGCCGCCGGCUUCGUGCCCCAGUACGCGCGCCUCGAGCUCGCCAGCGACCUGGUCGUGUCCGUGCUGAGCUCGUGCGUCGGCGACCCGUCCAAGAUGGAGCUGAUCAACAAGCUGGGCGCCACCUGGCUGGGCGAGAUGGACUCGUGCAUGCGGCUGCUCUGCCACUCCAGCAUGGAGGAGCUGGCGCUCGGCUACUACAACUACCUGCUGUACGACGACGACAAGGUAGAGGGCGAGGCCUGCUUCAAGGCGCUGCAGAGCAACUCCAUCGGCUCGACGGUGGACACGCCGCUGACGCAGGUGCGCGUGGUCAGCGCCGAAGGCGACACAUGCACCGGCACCAAGAUCAUGGUGCUCAACCCCACCUACUCGGGCACCUCGAAGAAACUGCAGCGCUUCCUCUACUACCAGGCGUACAAGAUCCACUCGUUCGACUGUCCGGAGCUGGCCGAGACGUGCCUGCGGCAGAAGCUAGCGCAGCUCGGCUACGACGGCCCGCGCGUGCCGACCCAGUCCGAGUUCCCCUACCAGUGCGCCAACCUGCUGUGCGACUCCCGCGUCGGCCUCACGCCGGCCGCCUUCCAGCCGGCGGCGUUCCGCGUGACCGUCGAGAACGAAAAGAUCCGGCCGCUCAACAACGUGUGCUUCAAGUCGCUGAGCCGCUCCAAGACCAGCCGGCGCGCCGACGAGCAGACGGUGCAGACGGACGUGCCGUCCCUCGGCGUCACCGUCAUCUUCAGCUUGAUGUAGAGACGGCGCCCGGCCGCGCGACGCCGGCGGUGUUAUCCAUGUUAUCCUUAGCUGCAGCGUAAGAGCAUGUACAUAUCCAUGUUGUCUCUAGAUGCAGCGAUGAAGCGUGUGUAUAUCUGGUACGUAUAGCGUUGGGCGUUUGCGUGUUGUACCUGGUGUGCUAUAGUGCAGCCACCAGGCCCAAGAGCAAGCAAGGAGCCCCCGCGCUGCGGAUGUUUCUUCACCAAAUGUCGCCGAGGCGUCGCAGUAUUCUCACUGACCUCUUCUGUGGAUGCGCACAGUUGGAGGGCGGUCUCUCAUCGUUGCGCGUGUCUUAUGCUCUGUAGCCAUCGUUGAAGACCUUACUCAUUGAAGUGUUUCAUUUGUUGUGUGUAAAUACAUGUCUGCCGUAACAAAA